AUGGUCGACCUCGCUACCCAGCUGUCCGAAUGGACGUUUGAUAAGCCCGUGCUGACUACGCACCCUCAACGAACCAGCUCAGCCGCAUCGAGCCCGAACCUGUGCGACGAUGUCCCAGACACUUUGAGACUGGACACUGCUGCGGCCAACGAAAUUGCAAAAGAGGGUGCCAUCUUCAACGACCGCUACAACUCGUCUGAAGAAGACUUGACCACUGCCGGCUCGGAUUCAGAGUCCGAAUAUGACUACGAUGAUGUAGUCAUCUAUGAUCCAACCAAGGAGUGCAAGGCGAGGACGCUAUCAGUCUCACGAUGGAACAAGGGCAAGAGCUGUGAUAUGGCUGUGACGGUCUCAUACGCUUUCGCAGGUCGCCCAAAGGUGGUGGAAGACUGCCGCUCUCCCUUGGAUCGCCCAGCAAUGCAACUACGAUCUGCGUCUCUUGCUCACGUCUCGGCUGCACCCAUGCAUGGACUGAAGGACAGCGACAAGACGCAACGUCAAUCCAUGACACUCAAUGCCAUGAGCCGUUUAGCUCCUUCAUCAAGUACUCGUCCCAGCUCUCCCGUCGAUAUUGAACCUCCCCGAAGACCAUCCACAAGCUACAGCCCUGCAACAAAAGACAUGACUGCCCCACACGACACCGCUUCCGUUUCCACCUCCUUUACAACUGCAGGAUCGAGUCGCAGCGUAUCGCCGGCUUACAGCGAAGUCCAGCCGUCGGCUUCGCCAGCUGGAAUACCAUCCUCCUCUCGCUCAUCCGUAUAUGCUCCCAACCAGUCCACCUUGGACCUGAACCGUACCCGCACUACACAAAGCUUCUACCGACAGUCACAGCUGGCGCCUCAGUCACCCGCCCUAUCUUUUCUCAGUUCUGAUCCAUACGAAAACUCGACUACAGACUCGUCAUCGCCCAUUAUCAAGAAAGCAGGACAUCGACGCUUACGAAGCAUUUCCCUCAAGAUUGCGCUGGCCAAAAUCGCAAUCUCGCCAGCAAAGAAGCAAUUCGACGCGCGUGCAAACAGCAGAGUACCGUCUACACCCCUGACGCCGUCCACUCCACAAACAGCUCCCCUGGAACGGCCAAACAGCUUCACUGGUCCCAACAAACUUCGCCGCGCAUCGACGAUUCUCAGACCAAAGUCUCGUCAAGGCGAAAACGUGCGGUACUCUACACAGUCGGCUGCACCUCCACUACCACAACUCAGCGGCAAUACGAUGCAACAGCGGACAUCACGCAUGGUAGCCCGAGGGGCGAACGAGAUUGAGCCGACACUCGUUCUACCCGACUUUCCUCCCAGCAGCGAUGACGAGGCGAGAGCGGCCGUGAAGAAUAGAGCACUGCGUAAGCGAAAAUCCUUGAUGGACUUUAUGGAUUCCCUCGCAUAA